AUGAGAUUGAUACUGAUUUUACAAAAGCUGUUCCUAAAUUUCAUUCCUGAUGAUAGAUUAUUUGUUGAAUAUGCAAGAACGGAAUCGUAAUUAAAUUAUGGAGAACCAUUUAAUAUGACAGUAGUCACAUAGUUAGUUUGUGUUCUUGCAAUUGAUUUUAGGAAAGUGAUUCAACGAUAAAAUAAGAAUUUCCAGACCUUAAGGAGUAGCCUUAUUUAUUAUAAUAGGUUCAGAUAAAGAACCUUAAUUUAUUAAACAAGUAAAUUACUGUUUAUAUACAAGAUUCUACAUGA